CACGUCGCUUGGUGGAGCAGUAAAGAAGCAAAUACGCAGGAAAAGCGAGGAUAGAAGAGUCAUUUCGUAGGAUCCCCACCACCACCGCCGCACCAGUUUCUUCAUCUUCAUCUUCUACGCCUGAAAUCGAUAAAUCGGGAGAACAAUAAAACAAUAUUAAUUUUGCUUUAGACUCGUUUCGGAGGGAUCUAGUAGUGGGAUUUGUUGAAGGAAAGUGGAUUUGGUACGAGUCUCCUUCUCCGUUGAAGCUAUAGAGAGGAUCUGCGAGCUCUUCUUUGGUAGGAAUUAGGGUUCGUGUUAUCUGCUUGGGAGAGAAUUCAUGGCGGAUGUUGUUCUAUACAUAUACGAUGUGACAAACAGUGGAUCGGAAAAGACUAACAACACCAUUCUUCAGAUCAACAGGUUCUUCAAGGACGGUAUUGGUCUAGGAGGCAUAUUCCACAGCGCCAUUCAGGUAUAUGGAGACGACGAAUGGUCUUACGGGUAUUGUGAACAAGGAACUGGUGUAUUCAGCUGUCCGAGUAGCAAGAAUCCAAUGUACACAUAUCGUGAGAAAAUCGUACUUGGGAGGACAGAUUGCACAAUCUUCAUGGUAAAUCAGAUAUUGCGUGAGCUCAGCAGGGAAUGGCCAGGACACACAUAUGAUUUGUUGUCCAAAAAUUGUAAUCACUUCUGCGAUGUACUUUGUGACCGGCUUGGUGUGCCAAAGCUCCCAGGUUGGGUGAAUCGCUUUGCCCAUGCCGGCGACACAGCCUUGGAAGUUGCAGGAAACACAGCAAUGCGGAUAAAGCAAGCCAAAACUGAACUAGUAUCAGCUAGUAAAGUGGCUUAUCGCUUCCUUUCGAAUGUGACCUCGAAUGUAACCAACGGCUCCAAUGGCUCCCCACAACGGCCUGGAACCCUCAACAAUUCAGACAAUGGGAACUUGAGAUUGCAAGGUAGUUGGUUCAAAGGGUUACUUAACACUGCAAAACCCUCUUCAAGUACAGAGAUAGAGAACAAAGAUGAAGAUGCAAAUCAUGCAAUCACCAAUCAGCAGACAAAACAAAGCCGUGGUGACUCUGUACCGAUCCACCAUAGUGCAUUUGGGUAAAUGUAUAUCCAUCGGUUCCAAAGUUACACGCACUAAUCUCCUCAUCUGUAUCCAUUACUUUUGUAUCAUCAUUGGAACCCAUCGUUUUAUUUUUCCAGCAAAAGGUGUGAUUUUGUUAAGAAGAUAACAUUCAGCACGUUGUUACUUGCAAGUCUCAACAUAUUCAUAA